AUGACUGGCUUUAGGAGAGGGCUGGCAGCACAAGACAGCAUCCUGGACCUCACGAGCGACCUUGAGGAAAACAAGAACAGGCGGAGAAACACGGUGGCAGUCUUCCUCGACGUGGAACGAGCCUACGACGGCGUGCCGCCAUCCACUAUACUCCGGAGAUUGACUGAGAUUGGACUGACCGGAAAAAUUCAAGUCUUCCUGGCCAAUUUUCUUACCGGACGCAAGAUCCAGAUUCAAGCUGAAGGCGCGGCAUCCUCGCCAAGACUGCUUCACAGAGGACUGCCUCAGGGAAGCGUGCUAAGCCCGAUUCUCUUCAACAUGGUUAUGACACCACUACCGCACUCUCUUCCUUCGACCCCUCUCCCGGUUCAGGUGUCGAUCUACGCAGACGACAUCUGCCUCUGGGUUACGGGUAUCUACACCACGCAGAUCCACCGCAGCAUACAAAGCGCCGUUCAAGCGGUAGACACCUUCCUGACCAAAUCCGGGCUAUCCCUCUCCCAGGAUAAGACUGUCUGGAUGCCGGUACGCGGAAAUGGUCGACGUUUUCGCCCCCCUGACAUCAAACUGGCAGGAAAACCCCUCACGUGUGUGAACAAACAACGCUUCUUAGGAAUUGUCAUCACAAGUCGGUUGCGCUGGGCACAAGCAGUGAAAGCGACAACCGCCGUAUGCAGGCCGGCCAUGAACGCUGUCCGCCACAUGACGGGUACCACAUGGGGUUGCACAGAACGGACUAUCACUAGCGCCCAGUCCGCGCUGGUGACGUCUAGAAUCCUGUACCGGCUUCCUUACAUGUUCCCGUCCCAGACGGAUAUGGAGAGGCUGGAGCAAGGGCACAGACGCGGGCUACGUACAGCACUGGGAAUUCCCAACGCGGCCAAGAAUGCUGUGGUACUCCAGGAGGCGGGAGCAGAGCCGCUUACAGUCCAGGCCAGAGCCAGAAGACUCUCCCAGUUAGCCCGGCUCUCUACGACUCUCCCAGGAAGGUGGUUCCUGCAGCGAAUCCAAGCUCGGACCAAAGGGUCAUGGCACGACACGGUAGAAGAUUUCCUAAACAUAGCCGGCCCGCUACCGACGAUGACGAGCGAAGCAAGGGUAGCGCCCUGGGAAGUUGCCAAGGUAUCCAUCGAGCUACGGAUCAAGCACCUGCGAGCCAAAAAAGUUGGACCGAUCAACGCUCUCAGAGAAGCUGUGGAAAAACACAUCGAAGAACGCUACGGUGGUUGGCUGCAGAUAUACAUGGACGGCUCUGUAAACAAGGCUAGAACAUCCAGCACGGCAGCUUUCUACAUCCCGGAGUUAGCCCUGGAAUGGUGCGGCAAGCUACAGGCGCCUACAUCCUCCACGACGGCCGAGCUAGUGGCUAUUGACAAGGCCCUCCAAGCGGCUGCCCAGCUGUCACCUCACCGGAUGGUGCUCCUCACCGACUCAAGGUGUGCCCUCCAGAAACUGGCCAAUGCAGAGUGCGCGGAUCCCGCGACCACUGCAGCGAGACAAACUCUAUCAUUCCUGUUAACCCACGGAUCUACGGUAUGUUUCCAGUGGAUACCAGGACACACUGGCAUUAAGGGCAACGAACGGGCUGACAGUCUGGCCGGUGAAGCUCACCUAGCGCCUCGCACUGUCCCCACACCACCACACCCACAGCAGGCGGCACUCAACGUCCACUGGCACCUUCAAGACAGCAAGCCAAAACCGGCGCUACCAAGAGGUGCGCUGUCCGGCCUAUCUCGGGCGGCGCAGACUCUUGUGCGACGCCUGCGCACAAACACGGCCUACACGAAUGCUUUCCUUACGAAGAUAGGUAAGGGGCAGCACCCACUUUGCUCCCAGUGUAACUCCGCAGAGACGGUGGAACACAUUCUGUGUGUCUGCCCAGCAUACGAAACUCAACGAGCAGCACUGCGCAAGAGACUUGGCAAGAGCGACCUCACAACUAAUGACAUCCUUGCACCCGACGGUUCCGGACGAAAGUGUCAGAACGUCCUGAAAGCCAUGUUGGCAUUUCUACGAGACACAAAAACCAUAACCCAACUUUAA